GACUGUGCGCUGGUGCAGGCUACACGUGAGUCUGAAGCUGCCGGAAGCUGCCGGAAACGCGCCUGCGCCCUCGCUCUGCUUCCAACGCUUCGCAAAGUGGCAGCCCAGGAAACAUCAUUCCACAGCGCAGCUCCACCGGAGGACACUCGUGCUGUGUGCGCGACAUCUCGAGCCUGGAAUAACGCACCACCCAGAGACGCUCAGACGGGGCCGCUAUGGAUGAAAGAUUACCGCAUUUGCAGGACAGGCAAUUUCUGGAGCACCCCGAGUUCCUAGGGGUGGAUUACCCGUCUCUUUACAUGUGCAAAUCCAAAAGAGGAAUGAAGCGCGAAGAUGGAGGCAAGGACGCAUACAAGUUACCACACCGGCUGAUAGAGAAGAAGAGGAGGGACAGAAUCAAUGAAUGUAUCGGCCAGCUGAAGGACUUGUUACCCGAGCACCUGAAGCUGACGACGCUGGGACACCUGGAGAAGGCGGUUGUCCUGGAGUUGACGCUGAAGCACUUGAACGCUCUCACUGCCGUCACCGAGCAGCAGCACCAGAAGAUCGUCGCUCUGCAGAACGGGGACCGAUCGAUGAAAGCUUCCAUUCACGCAGACUUGGAUGCCUUCCACUCCGGCUUUCAAGCGUGUGCCAAGGAGGUUCUGCAGUACCUGAACAAGGUGGAGAACUGGACGACACGCGAGCAGAAGUGCGCGCACCUCAUCGGCCAUCUGCACAAGGUUUUAGCGCAGUUUCAGCCCGGAGCAGAGCCAUCACUCCAGCAACAGCUACCUGGCGCUGACGCGCAGGACGCGCCGAAAGCCGACAGUCAGCCCAACUGCGUACCCGUCAUACAGAGGACCCAGACCGGGGAGCUGAACGAGAACGACACGGACACGGACAGCGGGUACGGGGGCGAGGCUGAAAAGAGUGACGGCAGAGAGAAAGCGUGCGAGCGCAGCCAGGAGCAGGGAUCCAAGGCGGUUAAGAUUAAACAAGAAUUUGGAGAUGAUCGCGCUGCCAAAAAACCAAAGAUGAACUGGACCGGUAAUGGCUUAGCUGGCGCAGAUCCUGCCAGACCGGACCUGGCGUUUAUGAACUCUCUGAUGGGAAUAACUGGCGUGGGACAGCAGACGCCCUUUUGCAUGCCUUUCUACUUCAUCAACCCCUCGGCGGCGGCGGCGGCGGCGGCGGCGGCAUCGUCCUACAUGCCCCUCUUCGAUAAAGGUAACCUCGAUAAGUACGUGUACCCCGCGGCAGCGGCUCUGACGUCUCCGUUCCCCUGGCUGUACCCCGGGCUGUCGGCGCACGCGGCCGCCGCCGCCGCGGCGGCGGCCGCGUGCGCCGCUCCGUCCGCGGAGAGGAGCCCGAACUUUGGACCUUCCUCUGAGUCACACGGCUCUCCGUCCCCUGACAGUGUCGCGUCACACGAGGCCGAGUCGGGCUCGCCGGAGGAAGAUCCCGGGGAGGAAGACGCUGGAGCUGACGGUGAUGUGGUCACAUCUCAGGAGAACCCCAACACCUAACCAGCUGGCAAACCACUGCGUUCAGCUGCAAAACGGGCGAACCUGUCUCUGUGAGUGCGUGCGCGCGCGCGCGCGCGCGCGCGCGUGUAGCCUUUAUGUUAUUUCCCCCGUGCGUUCUGCUAGAGGAAUGCUGCAUUCUCGGGUUUUAUGAGGCUGAUUUCACUACAAGAGUUUCCAAGAAGAAUUUCUCAUGUACAGUAUGUUGGCCAAAACGGGACAGUUGUGACUGACUGUGUGCCUUUUGCACCUCUACUAGAAACAGAUCGUUUGAAUGAUUAUCGACAAUGAUUGACACUAACUCACGUCUGUAUCUUGUCUGUAUAGGGAAUACUGCGCUGAACUUAGUUUUUUAAAUCACCUUUGAUAAAAUGUUUUGAGAUGGCAGUAUUGGUGCCAGAACUUUGGGUACCAACGUAGUGCGCAAGGCCCCCAUCCCAAUCAAGACCCCCUAUCCCAGUCAAGACCCCCUACCCCAAUCAGCGAGUCUCUGGAUGUACGUCGUUUAACUGACCUCUGCCAAGGUUAUCAUCAGCCUGGAUGACUGUCUGUAAAUAAAAGGCCUGGAAGAUGUUUCAUUUCCAUGUAAAUGUGCACUGCACGGGCCGACGUGAGGAGGUGUGAGAUGUACCUCCUCCCCUUGCAGACUCUCCUCCGGGUACACUCACUGGGAAGCUCAUUACUGUUCCUCUUGAGAUUAGACAUAAAUAAGAGUCCCCCACCUCUACCCAACACACUGAUCCUGCAGACCUGACAGGAGUGGUUCUCCCUCAGUGACCACUCUGGUUCCUGCAGAUCUGCCUCGACCCCCCCCCCCUCCCAGGGGUUAUUUGUCAGGCUGUUUAUGAAGGAAAAAAAGCCCCGCCAGUGAACAGUUGAUAGAAUUCUGACGGUUUGUUAAUGUGACGCCCUUUUCAUGAGUGUACGGGACUGCGUGACCAGCAUUUUGUACGCCCCUGAAUAAUGAGUAUUUCCGGACCCUGAGAUGCAGACUUGUACCUGACUUGUACCUCCACUGACACCACGGGCGGUAGGACAGACUUGUACCUCCGGUGACCAGUACCACGGGCGGUAGGACAGACUUGUACCUCCAGUGACCAGUACCACGGGCGGUAGGACAGACUUGUACCUCCGGUGACCAGUACCACGGGCGGUAGGACAGACUUGUACCUACGGUGACCAGUACCAAGGGCGGUAGGACAGACUUGUACCUCCGGUGACCAGUACCACGGGCGGUAGGACAGACUUGUACCUCUGGUGACUAGUACCACGGGCGGUAGGACAGACUUGUACCUAUGGUGACCAG